AUGUUUCGGGAUGUUCCUACUGCAAGUAAGAUUCUUGACGCUUACAGGAAACUUCCAGUUUCAGGCUUUCUCCCUUUAACUGAUGAGAAACGAGUAGUAUUGGAUGAGGCUGAUAAGCCUAACAAAGUAGGAAAGAAGAAAGCUGAGAAAGAAGCUCCUCCUCCAACAAAGAAGCAAAAGAUAAAGAAGAUAGCUCGUAACCCAUAUCUCCAACUCAUAGUGAAAGAAAACCCUAUGUCUACAAACCUAAAGGUAACCUUUCGGAUUCCUAUCUCAAUUCCUGUUACUGAUGACUUCUUUGAUAAUGUCUCGGUUCCCUCUCAUACUACUAAUAUUUCAACACCAAUUUUCAUUGCCCCAUGCCUACCUGUCUUAUUAGGUGUUUCACAACCCCCACCUAUUUUCACCGAUUAUGCCACCGCACCAACAACAACUAUUGAGCCUCCAAUUUCUAUCAAUGCAUCUGAUGCGGGGGCAGGAGCUUCAGGUUUAGCCACUGGUCAUUCUACACCACCCAUUUCCCCUCUUCACCAAAAUGACCCAUAUAUGAAUUUUGGUGAUGAUGACAACUUCGCAGGAUUCACCUACAGUCCAUUCAACAUCAAGAUUGAAAGUGAUGACAAAGCUCCUAUCAUGAGAGGGAAACUCAAGGAAAUACAUAAAAAACUGGACUCGUUUCUUCAUGCUACAAAGAAAUCUUCUACCGAUGAUUAUUCUAAAGAGAAUUUCCAAAGUUCCUUGGAGUCCAACACGGUGAAGGCUAAUGAAGUCAUUUCUAGCCUGGGCUCAACACUUAAAACUGAGAAGGCAAAACUUCAAGACGUUAGCUUUGGUCUUAAAUCUAACCAUGAUGAGUUCCAGUCAUCCAUCUCCUUGAAAAUCACUAAGCUUCAAAAUGAUCUAGCCAUGGAGAGUAAAAUAAUGGAUGCACUUUCUGUCAAGACUGAAAAGUUAGAACCAGUUGUGUCAUUCGAGCUUCAGAAUAAACAAGAUUCGCAGCUGGAUCUGCCAAUAACUCCGAAAGCCUUCAAGUUUUGCUCCUUUCUGAAAAUAGCAAAUGUCCCUUCUGUUGAUAACGAUGCAAAUCAAUUGCUCUUCUUGUUCUAUCUCAAGCAUAUGAAGCCACAAUAUGAAACGUGGAGUGCUAGCAAGAUUAUUGCAGUGAAGGUCACAUGUCCAAUUGAAACCGAAAGUUUACCUAAUGCGAAGUUCAAGUUUAUGAGAGGUUUCGCUAGUCGGGUUCAAGAAUUGACUCUCGCAGACCUGCCUUGCCUCAAUCCCUAUGAUUCGAUCAUGCUUUACAAUUUACUACAGAGAGACGCACAGAAGUAUGAGCCCGUUAUUGCUUACCUCAAACUGAUGGUUGUUUCGUAUGUUAAAGAGGUAGGAAAAAUGGAUACGGAAAUUGAUGUUUUAUUAUGCAGGAAGCCAUCUGUUCUCCUCAAUGAAGUUGAAGCAUGGGAAAAUGUACAAGGAAGGAUGGUAUGUGAUCUUUCAGGCGUGAGAACGAAAUGA